AGCCGGAAAAGGAGGCGGAGCAAAGUGUGAAUACAGGAGAGAGUCGAGCAGAGAGAGCUGCUUUUUCAUGAAACGGGAGUAAAGUAGUAAACUUAGGAACAAAUACCACUACCAACGUUUGGAUCGAUAUCUGCAUCGAUCUGCACACCCUUGUCUCCUGGAUUGUAGCUCAGAUCAGCGUGAACCACGUGGGUCUCUGCUCUCUGAUCUGUUUCUUAAGACUUCCAGCUUCAUCACGGAGUUUCUCUCGGUUUGUGGGCUCAUCUAAAGGGAUAAAAUACGUCUAUAUACUUUUUGUGUCCCAGCUGAGUAACAGCAGAAAAGUCUGGUGGAACAACAGAGGAACAAUUUCAGCCAUUUGGACUCAGCUCAGCCACUACAGAGGAAACAAUGACUUCAACACAGAAGGACCAACAUGGAGCGAGAAGUCAGCGCUCUCAGGAGGCCGACAAACCUCACAGAAAGGCAGAGAAAACCUACAGCUGUGAUGAGUGUGGGAAGGAUUUUACCCGGAAUUACAGCCUAAAAACACAUCAACUCAUCCACAGUGGAGUUAAACCUUACAGCUGUGGUGAGUGUGGAAAGUCUUUUAACCAGGCUGGAGGCUUAAAAACACACCGACUCAUCCACAGUGGAGUUAAACCUUACAGCUGUGAGUUGUGUGGAAAGUCUUUUACCCGGGCUGGAGACUUAAAAAAACACCGACUCAUCCACAGUGGAGUUAAACCUUACAGCUGUGAGUUGUGUGGAAAGUCUUUUACCCGGGCUGGAGACUUAAAAAAACACCAACUCUUCCACAGUGGAGUUAAACCUUACCGCUGUGAUGAGUGCGGGAAGGAUUUUACCCAGAUUAGACACUUAAAAACUCACCAACUCAUCCACAGUGAAGUUAAACCGUACAGCUGUGACUCGUGUGGAAAGUCUUUUACCCAUGCUGGACACUUAAAAACUCACCAACUCAUCCACAGUGGAUUUAAACCGUACAGCUGUGACUUGUGUGGAAUGUCUUUUUACCGGGCUGGAGGCUUUAAACAACACCAACUCAUCCACAGUGGAGUUAAACCUUACAGCUGUGAUGAGUGCGGGAAGAAUUUUACCCAGGCUGGACACUUAAAAACUCACCAAUUCAUCCACAGUGAAGUUAAACCGUACAACUGUGACUUGUGUGGAAAGUCUUUUACCCAGGCUGGAGGCUUAAAAACACACCAACUCAUCCACAGUGGAGUUAAACCGUACAGCUGUGACUUGUGUGGAAAGUCUUUUACCCGGGCUGGAGGCUUAAAAAAACACCAACUCAUCCACAGUGGAAUUAAAGAGUACAUCUGUGGCUUGUGUGGUAAAGCUUUUGCUCAAAAUGAACACUUACAGAAGCAUCUAGUUACCCACUCGGGAAUUAAUGUGCACAGCUGCGACUUUUGUGGAAAAACUUUCAACAACAUACAGUACCGAAACAUUCACCUACUGAUUCACACUGGAAAUGAUGUUUACUGCUGUGAUCAGUGUGGGAAACCGUUUACAACAGAUGCACAGUUAAAACAACACAUAUUUAUCCACACUGAGGAGAGACCUUAUAAAUGUGACCUUUGUGAGAAGACUUUUAAAUCUCCAUAUCACCUGAAAAGACACCAACAGACCCACACCAGAAAGUAACUCUACAAGUGCAGUUACUGUGAGAAUGUAUUGAUUUGUCUUAUACUGUAAUUUUAACCUGAGUAUUUGGAACAAGUCUGAUCAGUAAACCUAUGGAGUUAUACUGAAUGAACAGUUUGGAAAAAUGUCAUGUCAAGUCAUUUUCGCUCGGUAAGCUGAGUGUUAUAAUGUAAACAGUAAAAUGUAAUUGGAUAUUGGCAGAAAUCACUUACGCUGUCAUUGUUUAGAAGCAGAGCGACGCAGAUGGAUCCAGUUCUCAACCCUGUCGUCACUUUGGUGGUGGGAAAGUUUCUCUGUGACCUUUGUGGAAAAACUUCCAAUCAUCAAUGGGACCUAAAACCACAUCAACGUAGACACACUGGAGCCAAAAUGAACUACUGCAAAGAAUGUGGGAGAGGCUUCCACACACCAAGUACAUUAAAAUACAUGAACUCUUCCACAGUGGUGAAAAAGCACAUCUGUGACUAGUGUGGGUCAUCCUUCACCACUGCACGUGAGCUUAAAAUACAAACAUAAGCGAAUCCAUACAGGAAAGACAGCAUACAAGUGCAGACACUGUGACAAAAGCUUCUCACAAUCAGGUCAUCGUAACAAACAUGAACAUACACACAUGGAAGUGAACUUCAGCUGUGACCAGUGUGACAAGAGCUUCAGGAAUCUCAGUUCAUACUCUGAACACAAACGAUUCCACGCUGUAAAUAAACUGUUUCACUGUUACCAAUGUGCAAAAACAUUCACUUCAUCCUCUGCUCUGUGCAAACAUCAGCCUGAUCAUGCAGGACUGAAAUCACUGGAUCAAAUGAAUCUGAAGAAAGAGGGAGAUCCUCUCCUGGUUUCAGGGUCAGACUUAAAAACCUUGAGAUCAGGCUCCACAGAGUUCAGAUGGAAUCUGUAGUUUUUAUUAUGAAAUCCUGAUAAUGUUAAAGAAUUAGUUAUAUUUGAUUAACUCGUUACACUUGUAAAGUUUGUCUUAUUAAACAGUUUGGUGUGAAAAAUAAAGAAUUGGUCUCACAA